AGGGCGCGACCAAUUUUGACAGCGGACAAGUCCGCAGAGUGAUUUGACUGGCGCAUCAGUCGUCAACACGUAACCGCACCACGUGCAGGCAUUACGAGACCACGUUUCUAAGUAUCAAGCCUACGUAAGGUAGCACGCCUGACGACCGACGGAUAUAGUUCACGCGGCAGCACUGUGUUUGGCUACUCAGCGGACUGGUGAAUCAUGUCUUAUGAGUCGCGCGUAAACGAUGCCAUCAACACCGAACGUGCACCCGACGCAGGCAGCACGGAAGGGCACGCCCAGAACAUCCCCUGCACAAAGGCGGGAGGGGCAAGCUGUCGUUUACUGAAGCACCGCCGUGGCUUAAACGAGAUCCUUCUACACGCUUGCCUAGAGCUUCGGGAAGACUGGCGAGGAAAGAGCAGGGGCGAUGCCCUUAUCGCGGUCGUCGAGGCAAGCACUUGCGGGCACGCCUUGUACGGCUCAGAGGAAGAUUCGUGCAAAUCGAAGGCACUGCAUCUUGUUGAACGUCUAGUAGCUGAGCACCGCUGCAUCACAGCGAUUGAAUUCAACGGCUGCUCGACGUAUCACCCUUCGUUACUGUCAGCAGUAAAACGCCAUGGCUCUUUGAAAAGCGUUGCUGUCUGCGGGAAAUUCCUUGCAUCUGGCGACGCAGCUUUCAUGUGCGAGGUGAUCAAGUCCCUCCCGCAACUCGAGAGACUCGCCUUCAAGGUUCACGAUUUCGAGAAGGACUGGGGAAUUAAGAUAGGUUUGUGCGGGAGCUCAUUCGAGCUGGGCAUGCAUUACCUGACGACUCUCGACGUGGCAGUACUUUCAAUGUCCCCUAGCGAGGCGAGGCGGCUCAUUCAUGCUCUCAUAGAUAACCAGACUGUCACUGACAUCGCCGUCGGACAAUGCGUGUUCGGCUACCGCGACGAAGCCUCCAAUGCACUCUUCGCCAGCUACCUCGCCAAAGAAGGCUCAACGCUGAAGAUAGUGACGCUCAAAUCGAACGCUUUUUCCGACAGGGAGUCGCUCUUGAGAGAACUCAUCGAUGCGUUCUGCAAGAUGAAUACUUUGGAGGAACUGAAUGCGGAUAUCGUCGUGAUGAACGCAGAAUUCGUGGGCGCGGUCGCCCUAUUCGCCAAAGUGGCCUCCCAGAGCACGACACUCCGCAGCCUGAGGCUCCCUUCGACGUUCUGCGAAUGCCGUGCUUCAUUCUGGUGCCCCAGCGCCCAGCUUCCAGAUCUCAAAGCCGCGCAAUGCAUGGAUCCCUGGCUCACAGCCCUGCGGCGACAGGACUCACUGCUCAACAAGCUCUGCAUCGACUUGCGAGGCUUCGGCGAAGCGGAGUGCCAUGCCUUCUUCGGCGCAGUUGCGGACACCGACGCUCUGAGGUCGGUGGUCGUCCUCUCGUUGCCCGGAAUCGACAGGAUCGACAGGGUCUGCAGAACCAUCCAGGAGCGAGGACUGAACGAUCGAGUGGUCAUCCAUGGGCAUUACAUGCACAGCAACACGCAGCGGCUGCAGCAAUGCCCGCGAAUCAGCAGCGCAACAAUCAGAGCGAGCCAUUUUCUUUGCAGCGAAGGUGUCGGUUUGCAGCCGGUUAUCUCAGCUCUAGAAGUGGUCGGUGGCUGCGCUCACAUAACGUCACUUCGGGUUAACUGCGAUCGCUUCGAUCGCAAAGCGUUCUCCGCCUUGGCGGCAUGUGUAAGGGCCCCGUCCACGCUUACCGAUGUAAACAUAGACUUCGGUUACGUUUGUACCCUUCUAACAGAGCAGGAUCGUCGGGAUGUGCAGGGGGAACUGGUGAGAGCCCUGGCCUCCAACCUCAAACUAGUCCGACUCAACAUCAAGGGAGUGCUGCUGUCCAACGACGACUUCAAGUGGCUCGCGGACAGUGCUAGCAAGAGUCUCAGCCUCAUGGAGUUCACCUUGACUCCCGCCUGUGUCUUCAGUGCCAGGCAUGGCCAAAUGUAUGGAGAAGUGCGCAGCUGUUCGUUGCACAAGGCCGAGGCGUUGACGGGAGCAUCCAAUGAGAAGGACAUCGCACUGGCCGACAUCAUGGAAGCGACCAGAAAGAAUGCCUCCGCCGUCUCGGCUGCAGCUCGGUUCGUGUUAGGCGAGGAAGAUGGCAUCGAAGGCGCUCGUUCUAUCGAGCUGAUGCACAACCAUCCUCGUCUCCUCGAGAUGGUGAGAGAAAGUGCUGACGUCACUAAGGCCGACGCCAAGAAGAUCAUCAGCAGCGCUCUGCUUCGUCUUCGCCACUGUAGCCUUCACGAGUAUAUGAGAAUGGUCGGCGUCGUCAAGGAGACGGUGGAAUGCCUUGCAGUCCCUGGUACCAGUUUUCAGCUCUCCGACAUUAACCCCUACUGCUGGCUGCACAUUCGCAGUUUCCUGAAGAUAGCGGAUGUUCUGCAGCCUCGAGCCGGUCUACGCCGGCAGUCACCACCAGCAGAGCUUUCAAGUAUUGGCAUAGAAGAAGACACGGGAGGUCCUUAUGGCAUCGACGUUCGGCUGAAUCCAGAAGUCAAUAAAUCAAUCUUGUGA